UUGGAGACGUGAUAUUUUUCCCAAUCUAAAGGAAGCGAUUUCCCGUCGCAGCAUCAUUUCAGGAUUAUAAAUUCGUUUUUCCAGGAUUUCGGCAGCGAAUAUGCGUUUCAUAAAACGUGCUAGAUAACCUGCCAUAUUAACACGCGUGUGAUUAAUGUGGCAGUCGCGGCUGUUUGAUGGUUGUGAAUGCGCUUUGAAGACGCACCGCGUUAAAGUUUCGAUGCUGCCUCGUCGGCUCACAUAAUCCGCAACAUAUUGGAGAGACAACCUCGUUCUAAGGAACUGGGAAGGAUAGAUCAAAUGUCUUUUUCGGGACCUUUCGGCCUAUUGCUGAAUUUAUCUCUAGCCAGAUGGCCCCAAGAAAUGCGCAUAACAUUUUCUACGUUUUGGGCUCCGAUUGCGGGAAUGGCAAGGCUGGAACCCAAGGCAUGUCGGAAUGGAUAGGCUUGUCCUUGUGUUCCACCACUGGACGAAAAUGUAUGGACGUGGAAGGAGUGUGGACCAAGUUGCUUUUAUCUCUUGGAAUUACAUUGCUCCUGGUGCCGUCCAUUUUUGCCAUAGACGAUGAAGGAAGGCUUGAAGCAUCACGACACCACCUCAGCCCUUUCCAGCAUCCAACCGGACCUCCAAACAUCACCUUAACUCCACCACUGCUGGAGGAGGAAGAUUUUGCCUCGCAGUUCCACCCCCCACCAGCAGGGUCAGACAGUGCGAGAGAGGAACCUGUGUUCUCAUCAGUGCAGUCCCUGCAGGUUGCAGAGACACUGCCUCAAGCGCUGGUGCAUUCUCUGCCCUACCCACCCGGCAACAGUGACAAUCGCACCAAUCAAAAGUCCCCCGGGGAGCCGGCCGUCAGAAUGCCGAAGCCCCAGUCCCCAGCACAGAAAAUCAACAGUGUCUUAACCACUAGUUCAGACGGGACCCUCGGCGAAUUCCCCAGGAACCCUGACCUGCCCACCGCCCCACUAUCCACUUACACGACCCUGCCCAGGACGGACGCCCCUCUCACUGACAAUGCGACAACUUCCGUCUCUGUUUCCUCUGCCCUGCUUAACGUCACCUCUCCUGAAAGCUCUGAAAAUGGCUCGAGUGUCGCGCCGACACCAAGCAACUCCCACACUGUGAACAGUGAAAGUCUCCAGCUCACCACGGUGACCAUCACAACUGUCACGCCCUCAGGGGUGACAUCACUGACUUUGACUCCUCCCACAGUAGUUUCCACGGUGAAAGAGGUCGUGACUGCCGCGCCGACCACCACAACCACCAAAACGACGACGGCCGAGACGGAACCGCCUACAACGACAACGACCACCACGACCACGACUCUGCCCACCACCACCACCACAAAAGUAGCACCAACCACCACGACCACCUUAGCACCCACGACAACAACAAGCCCUCCUCAAACCAUCACAUUAUCUACCUCCGGAAGCACAACGGUGGAACCGAGCACUCCCUCAACCGACAGCUCUGUUUUGUCUUGUGUGGUGACUGAAAGAUUAUGGCUUAAAACAGUAUUGUCCAUCCAGAUGAGACGAAACAGGCUAGAAAACGGAAUGAGACAGAACCUGUCUAAAGGCUUAACGCAGGCGCUACAGAGAGCGUUCAACGACAGCAACAUCCGUGUUCAGUUAGAGAAAGAUAUCUGCACCCCUUCUAAUGUGACUGUGGGCUACUAUGUCUUGAGAGGGAACACCGUGAUCAUAACUUCUGUUGUUAUGGACACCUUGUCAUUUUACGGCUUUGACAAGCUAUUGGAUAACAUCAGAGAGUAUGUACCUGUGGUUUUGGCCAUCCCCAAACCAAUAGCCCCCUGGAUGCCCAGCCUUGGCGUCCACCUGCAACUCAAAACAGUUCUUAGGUUUGUCGGGCCAUCUGAUAACAUCAAGUCUUGCGGUUUCAUCCAAAUGAUGGAGCAGCGGUUGGAAAAUGUGUUCGCUGAGGCACAGGAGAAAGUGGAGGACUCUUACGGGACACUUUCAGUGGAGAUUUUGAACACAUAUCAGACUGGGAAUUCAUUGGCAGUUACUCUGGUGUAUAUAGUGUGGAAUGGAAGCGCUCCUCUGAACGGUACCGCUGCUAGCGGCCUGCUUAACCAGCUGACUGCCGAGCUGGUGGGCUACUUUCUCUUUUUCCCCCCACUGAUCAUCGCUGAGCCUCUAGAGUACCACAACCUUAACACUUCACUAGCAACCAGAGAUUACUGGGUAAUCACAGUAAUUCAGGACGUUGACAGCUCUUCUCUUGAGGGGAGUUAUCAGAGCUUCGCUAGCCUAAUGGAGCAACGGCUGGCCGAACUCUUUCUGGUGGCAAGUCGACACGGCCUUCGCUUCAGGAGAGCCGCAACCAUGAGCGAUUACACUGUCCAGAUGGUCAGCAUCCGGCGACUUCCUGGUCCGAAGAAUCCCGCUGAAAUGACCUACUACGUACAAAUAGAUGGUUCUCCUAUAACAGGCACCUCUGCUGCUAAAACCCUAAACAUGGUGGACUCUCAGACGAUGGCUCUCACGUUGGGCUACUUCGUCCAGGUUCAGGCAGAACCGGUAGUGAAGAGUUCACCUAGUAACCUCUGGAUACUAGCUGUCCUCAUCCCAGUGUCCCUAGUCAUGGUCGUUGUGAUCAUGGCGGUUGCCAUCAUUUGUAGGAGAAACCGAACCGUCUUCAAGAACAGCGCGUUUCGCAGUUUCCAUCCCCGCACCAAGACCUCAUAUCGAAGAGAUGGAAGUUAUCACCACCAGCCCGUGCAGGGUUUCGACUAUGCCAAGCAGCACAUGGGCCAACAAGGUGAGGAUGGUGGUCUCACUGUUACCAAGGAAACACUCGUCCUAUCCCUGCCGGUACGGGACGCUCCUCUGACGCAGGCGUUACAAGAUGGGACAGCAUCGAAAAGACCACAGUCGACAGAGAUGCACCUCAGCAGGUUGCCAAGCGAGGACGGGUCUCUUUCGAGCAACGAAUCCGGGAAGCUCAACACGGGAAGAAGCUCUACAGCUCGAAGAUCCACAGCACAGAAAGUGCCCAAAGAGGAACAACACGUAAGAAAUGACCAUUACGAUUCUCUAACCGGCUCUUUACGCCUCAUCACCAUCAAGCCUAUGGCUGCCCCCCUCAACUAUUCUUAUCCGGACUCCUCCAAUCACAGCCAGGACUCUGUCAUGAUGAAUGGAGAGGUUAACUCGGGGCUAAAGCAGAAGUCAGACAUCGAGCACUAUCGCAAUAAGCUGAGGUUAAAAGCCAAGAGGAAAGGGUACAGUGAUGGUCCGGUCACCAGCAGCAGUGGGAGUGGCAGCAGUCACAUGUACAGCCAUCGAGACAGACUGAGACGUGAGAACGCUUCCCUGGACCUGGAGGAUCUGCGAGGACCGACUGAGGACAGAAAGCCCUCCACUUACGUAAAGUAUCGCAGGAGUGAUUCUCACAGGGAGCCGGCAUAUUGGAGCAGGCAAUCUCUGAAUACCCCGAGCCCAGUGGAGGCAGAGAUGGACAUGUUAGUCAUGAGAGAGAGAUCCAGGAGGGGCAUCCGAAACAGCGGCUACGAUGGUGAGCCCGAGCCGUUCGAAGAAACAGAUGUGGACCGCCUUCUCAGCUCUCUGGGUUUCGGAGCUGGCCACCAGGUCAAAGGUCACUCCGACUCGUCCACUCUGAGCUCCCAGCCGUCCAUUGAUGAAGUGAGACAGCAGAUGCAUCUGCUCUUGGACAACGCUUUUGGGCUGGCCUCCGCCGAGCCGGCACCAAGCAACCACCACCACCAUCACCACCACCCUCACAGCUCCUACAACCCCAGCCACGGCAGCCCCUACAUGGAUGGAGUUACCAGCGCGCCCGGCACUAUGAACCACCCCAAUGGAGCUCUUCAGCGGGGCUCCUCGUUUGGGCCGGAUAUGCACCAGUGUAGCCUUCCCAAACCAGGAUUCAGGUUUACCCAGCUGCCUGAUAUGGGUUUGGGGUCCCCACCUCCCCUCAUCCCCCCAAGAAGCGGAGCCCCACCUGGAACUUCACUAAGACGCUCCACACCAGACAUGAGUCUAAAGCCCCGGGUCUCAGAGGCCUCUGAGAUAAGUCAGCACAAUGGCACCCCAUACCUGCCCAUCAACCGAGCUCCGUUCCCGGCUGUUACCGUCGAUGAGUCAAUGACAACCUACUCAGGAAACCCGAUGACAGCAGUAUACGCCAUAUCUGCCAACCGCCCUGGCUACUCUGAUUACUUUGUCCUGUCUCCACCAUCCUCCUACCGGAGUCCGUCUUGGAUGUCUUACCCUCCAGAGCAAGAGGAUCUUCCACGGCAGUGGAAUGACACGGUAAAGAACCAAUGUCACCUGGAGACCAUCUGCUGAAACGGUUUCAAAUGUGAUGUUUGACAGACACAGGGGUACCACCAAAAAUAAUUGUUGCCUACUCUGAAAUUACGGAUUCAGAAGCCCCAACUAACCUCGCGGUCAGCUGAACAUCCAACCAGACCCAUGAGCCACAAAUCCGCCUGUCGGUCUUAGCCAGAUGCAGCACCUGUUAUUACCCAACAUCCCUAGUGAGGGUCAAUCGCAACCUGACGCAAACAGGUUCCCUCACUGGCCAAAACUGUGUUUUCUUAAAGCUUUUACAAAUUAAGAAACAAGAUGUUGUAUCUUAUGCAGGUGGUUAUAUGUGUUUCCAACAACGAGUUACUAAUAAUUGAAAACUAAACCACUUUUUUCUGUCUACGGCUAUUCUAGCUUCAUUAAUGCCUAUCUGUGUCUUUUGCUCUCAUUCAUGCAUUUUUAAAGAAAGCAGGCGAUUCUGUUUGUGCACUCUAUAUGGCUUACUUCAAAAUAAUGAUUGAAUGAUGUAAAAGAAACAUUUGGAGCGAUGUAACAUCUUAUACUGUAUCUACUGUAGUCACAACAAACAUAGUGCUUUUUCUAUUAUCUCAAGAAUGCCAUCGUUUUUGCUUUAUUAAAGUGUUUCACAAUGCAGAAGCGAUGAAAGGCACGGACCGCGUAAUGAAAGUUUAGUCUUGGGAAGAUAGCCAUAGUUAAGUUGAUAAGUACACUGGAAAACUAGUUCACGAAGCCAGAUGCCAGGAGGAUUGGGCUUGGCUUUUAAAAGCGAUUCGUAUUUUUACUAGCCAUUUUGUAAUUACCUAAAAACGAACUAAAACGAAUAUUUCUAUUUUAUUGCCAUAUAGGUACGAAAACACAUAUUUCGGAAAUUAAACCUUGAGUAUUAUAUCUGUUAUAUCAAUAUACAGCGUACACCAAAAUUCUUCAAAUUGACUUCCGAUUAGAAUAUAUUGCAUAUAGAUCGAAUUCAGACCUGUAGCUAAAUUAGUGAUGAAAUAAUCUCUCAGUUGUAAGCAGGACAGUGUUACAAGAGUAACACGUGGCAUGUGUUCUUAAGAGAAUGGUUCUAAUGCAUGUAGUCUGGACAUAUGAAUAUUAAGGGCUUUGUAUGUGAAGACAGUCCCAUAUUUUCUUUGGGCAGUUAUAGAAGGGAAUAUUGUAUAAAAGCAGACAUAAACCGCAGAAGUAUUUCAUUAAAUAGUUGCUGCCUGUCAAUGUACUUUUUUGAUUCAGGCCAUUUGCAUAUUAAAUGUCUUUUGAUGACAUCAUCAGAUUAUGAAGAUUGCAAAAGCAUUACAUAAUGCGUUGUGUAAAUUGUUCGAAAUGCCACUACUGUUUGAUUUUUGUUGAAAUGAACGUCGUCCUUUUAUUUUGGUGGUGCGGGGAUGUGCAAAUAUAAUAACUCGAAUCACUUUAUUGUUCCUUUUUAAAGUGUUUUCUUUUCAUAUUUUUAUAUUAAUCGAAUCACCCUUUUGGCCAACAACUGAGGACAUUCUGCUCAAAUUGUUUCCGAUGUAAAAUAUUGUGCUUCAAAUGUAAAACAAAGAAACAAACGGAAAAAAAAACUAAGCAAAACGAAAAAAAGCCUUGUUGUGAACUUAUGUGAGAAAAUUGUGUAGUGUUCAUUAUGUGUACUUCAUCAUAACAAAUAAGAUGUUGACAUUUUGUCCCGCUUAUACAACACUAAACUUCAGAUGUACUGUAAAUUUCCCUUUGUUACUGUACAAUGUAUGUUUUAAAUGGUAUAUUGUUGUUUUUCUUGCUUAUUAUUUCCCUUAGCAUAAUGUAAAAUAACCAUCGUUAUAAUGGUUUAACACUUCAAAGGACUCAUUUUUGUGGGUUAAACACUGAAUCAUAUCUAAUAAAAACUUAAGAAAUAUUUGAUCAUGAUAAAAAAUGA